AUGUCGACCCAGUCAGGGCACGAUGCGGAGAGGAGCGGUUUCUUCAUCGGAGAGGACAGGGACCGUGCAUCGGAGGAGAUGGACCACUGUGAGCUCAUAUUACAAAAAGCAAACGCACAAGCUUCAGCUAACUGUCUGAAAGAAGCUAUCCACUUGUUUUCUGUGGCGAUGAGGUAUGGCCCGUUACAACCUGAACAGCUGAGCACUUUUGUGGACUGUAUCCUCCGCAAUUUCAAGAGGAAAUCUGGAGCUUGUGAGAGCCAGCGGCUGGAGACAGAGGACAGCUUAUUUGACUGUCCCAAUUGCCAUCAAUUCAUAGGAGAACCUGUGUGCCAGAAAGCCGUCAGAGGGAAUAACGCGAACAUACUGCUGUGUGGACUGUUGGACAAGUGGUUUCCCCAAGAGCAGAGCAUGUCCAGAACUAUCAGUGAAGUAGAUGCUCUUUGCAGUAGAAGUCAAUAUGAUGAAGCCAUAUCGCUGGCCUCGGAGCUGAUAGAAUCAGGUACACCAGAUUUUACAUCAGUGGCACGGCUGUCUCGUGCAGAGGCAUUCAUGGCUACAAAACGGUACCAACAGGCUUUAGAGGACACUGAACACUGCCCCAACUAUUCUCCAGAAGUGCUGUUUAGAAAAGCCAUGGUGCUGCAUGAGAUGGGUCAGGUCGAUGCCUCCCUGCAAGUCUUCCUUCAGUGCUUGUCUAUAGACGAGGACUUCCCCACUGCUAAGAGAGAAGUGGAAAAGAUUUUGUGCAGUCUCCUUUCUCCAACUCAUGAGAACGUGAAGGUCGGCCUGAGAGAAACGGCACAAAGUACUCCUCCUCAUCUGCGCAGUAAAACCGUGGUGUCCGACGCUCACGCAGAACCACAGAGCCCAGUCCACAAACAAGACGUCCAGCACCAAAGCCGCUCGGCCUCUGCCCAGCCUUCUCUGGAGAGUCUGGAGAAACGUUGGGAAAGCUUAGAGCGGCCUGGUCUGAGCCGAGCGCUUUCUUUGAGGAGGUGUGAGUCCAACAGCAGCAGCAGCAGCAGCGAUGAAGGACUGAAGAGGGUCUGCUCCGCUCCGCAGCUGGGCGACCAAGAGAAAGGAAGCCAGCUAAAGAGGAAGCUGUCUGUGUCUGAACAGGAGCAUUGUGUUUUGACUAAUGGAAUUGGCAAGCAUAAAAAACAAGGAGUCACUAAGGAGAAGCUGCGUGCCUCUAAAACUAGAAUGUAUCGAAAUGGUCCUGAGGCUGGACUUGAUGCCAAUGAUGUUGAAUGCUCACUUUGCAUGAGAUUGUUCUAUGAGCCUGUUACAACGCCCUGUGGACACACGUUCUGUAAAAGCUGUCUCGAACGCUGCUUGGACCAUACUCCUCAAUGCCCUCUCUGCAAACAGAGCUUGAAAGAGUAUCUCGCUUCUAGAAAUUUUAUUGUGACGAUGCUCUUGGACACUUUGGUGAAGCAGUAUUUAAGUAAAGAGUAUAAAGAGCGAUCAAAAGUGCAUCAGGAGGAAACUAAGGAGCUUUCAAAUUUGACAAAGAAUGUGCCUAUUUUCGUUUGCACCAUGGCUUACCCCACCGUGCCUUGUCCCCUACACGUCUUCGAGCCGCGGUACCGCCUCAUGAUCCGCCGCUGCAUGGACACCGGCACGCAGCAGUUCGGGAUGUGCAUCAGCGACCCCGAGAAAGGGUUUGUGGACUACGGCUGCAUGCUUAUCAUCAGGAGCGUCCAUUUUCUCCCGGAUGGACGCUCCGUGGUGGACACAGUCGGUGGGAAGCGCUUCAAGGUGUUGUCGCGUGGAAUGAGGGACGGCUACAGUAUCGGCGAUAUUCAAUACUUAGAAGAUAAAAAGGUGGAAGACGGAGACCUCGAGAGACUGCAAGAGCUCCAUGAUUCCGUGUAUGAGCAGGCCUGCGUGUGGUUUCAAAACCUGAAAAAUCGUUUCCGCAAUCAGAUCCUACAGCAUUUUGGGACAAUGCCAGAACAAGAAACCAACAUCCAGGCCACGGCGAAUGGUCCGGCCUGGUGCUGGUGGCUUCUUGCGGUCCUGCCCAUCGAUCCAUGGUACCAGCUCUCUGUCCUGUCCAUGACCAGCCUUCAUGAUCGUUUGGUGAAGAUCCAACAAAUUCUCACAUAUUUGCAAAGUAUCCAGAACAGCUAG